AUGGAUGAAAUUAAACAAAAACUACCAAAAAUUGAAGUUAAUCAAGGAACAAUUGAAUAUUCCAGUGAACUGGAAUCAUCAGGAUCUGAUGAAGACUUUGAUGCAAGUGCUAAUGACGAGCGUAAAUUUCGACUUGAAGAGCAUCGAGGUAGCAAUUUAGUGUUGCAACAUAUCACUGGACGUCGUGGGUCAUUUCUUUAUAGACAAGAUACAAACUCUGGACAUUCAUAUUAUAGUUCAAGGCACGAAUCAAUCACCGGCGAUGAAACAACUAGACAUCAAAUUGAUGAACCGAUUGUAACACCAUUUGCUCAAAUAUUGGCUAGUUUAAGAAAAGUUCGAUUAAAUUUUAUUAUAUUAACAAAUGUGACAAGUACAAGAGAUUCACGAUUUGGAGCUGUUCAAUCAAUACAAUCUAAUGAAGAUGGAAAUAGUUCUUCACACUUAGGUUACAGUGGUAGUUGUAGUGGUGGACAAAAUAAGAUAACAGCUAGUGAAACAUUGGAAGAACUUGAAUGGUGUUUAGAAAGAUUAGAAAAUAUACAAACUCAUCGAUCUGUUAGCGAUAUGGCAUCGAGUAAAUUUAAGAAAAUGUUAAAUAAAGAAUUAAGUCAAUUCGCUGAUGCUGGUCAAAGUGGCAAACAAAUAUCCGAAUAUAUUUGUUCAACAUUUUUAGAUUCAAAAGAAAAUGAUCCAUUAACAACUACAAAUCAUCCAUCUAUGAUAUCACAUAAUAAUACACAUGGAAUAAUGUCUAAUAGUAUGAAUAAAGAUAUAAUAAUAAAUAAUCAUGAUAAUCUUUCUGAAGUGAAUACAUAUAAACCUUUAGAUAGCAUAAAGAAUUCAGAAUCAACUGGUAUGUAUUUAUUUAAAACUGUUGAACCCGGUGAAACAAUUCAAACAACAGCUGCAACAACAACAACAACACUGACUAACAUUACUGAUGGUGAUACAAUGAUAGCAGUGACUAGUGAUAAUAACAGUAGUAAUAUUCCUAGUACAAUUAAAAGUACAACCGCAACAAUGGGAUCUACUAUAAUGAGUAAAUCAUUGUCGAAAUUAUCUUCCUCACUAUCAACAUUAUCAUUGAAAAUGAAUAGUAAUGUGAAUAUAAAUGAAAAUACUAAUAGUAAUGACAAUGAUGAUAAUAAUAAUAAUAAUAUAAUGAUUAAAUCUAGUGGAAAUUCUCAUAUCACAAUGUCAAUCCAUUCUUCUGGUACAUCACCUCCUCCUCCUCCUCAAUCUCAUCAACAUCAUAGUGAAUAUGAUAAAAUCCAUUGUUCACAAACACAAAUUGUACCAUAUGUAAUGAAUUCAACAGAUCCAAAGAAACUUGAAGAUCUUCUAAAAACUUCCCUUGAUCUAUGGGGUAUUGAUAUAUUUGUAGUAGACCAACUUACUACUAAUCCACUAACGUGUGUAUUUUAUAAUAUUGUACAGAAAAGAAAUCUUUUGCAAAAAUUUGCUAUACCUGAACGUAAUCUACUUCUAUACAUGACUGCUGUUGAAGAGAAAUAUAACGAUAAUCCGUAUCAUAAUCGUGUUCAUGCAGCUGAUGUUGUACAGUCAACACAUGUAUUAUUAAAUGCACAAUCAUUAGAGUCUGUAUUUACAGAUUUAGAAAUUUUCACAGUACUAUUUGCAUGUGCUAUCCAUGAUGUCGGUCAUCCAGGGGUUACAAAUCAAUAUUUAAUUAAUACAAAUGAUCAAUUAGCAAUUCUAUACAAUGAUUCAUCUGUAUUGGAAAAUCAUCAUUUAGCUAUAGCAUUUUCCCUAUUAAGUCAACCAGGUCAUGAUGUUUUUGAGAACUUUCCACGUAAACAGCGACUUAGUUCUAGACGUAUGAUUAUUGAUAUGGUUUUAGCCACAGAUAUGUCUAAACAUAUGAGUUUGUUAGCUGAUUUGAAAACAAUGGUUGAAACAAAAAAAGUUGCUGGAUCCGGUAUACUUACAUUAGAAAAUUAUAUUGACAGAAUGCAGAUUUUACAAAAUAUGGUACAUUGUGCUGAUUUAAGUAAUCCAGCUAAACCAUUAGAUUUGUAUAGACAAUGGACUAAUCGUGUUAUGGAAGAACUUUUUCAACAAGGUGAUAAAGAACGUGAAUUAGGCAUUGAAAUAAGUCCAAUAUGUGAUCGAAAUACAGCAACUAUUGAAAAAUCACAGAUCAGCUUUAUUGAUUACAUUGUUCAUCCAUUAUGGGAAACAUGGUCGGAUUUAGUUUAUCCGGAUGCACAAACUAUUUUAGAAACAUUAGAAGACAAUCGUGAAUGGUAUUAUAAUCAAAUUAAUGAGAAUAAUAAUGAAGAAAAUGAUGAAUGA